AUGGACAUGGCGCCUGACAGAAGACAGUUGCAAAGCAUGUUCCAGCAUGACAAGGAGUCCUUCAAGGAAUAUGCUCAGAGAUGGAGGGAGAUGGAUUCUCAAGUUGAACCACCUCUAGCUGAGAAGGAAUUGGCUGAACUUGCUUCCUUGGGAUUAUCCGAGCUUGUGGCUAUAGGAGCUCGCAUUGAAUAUGGUGUAAGAAAUGGCAAACUGGCGGCUGUAGCUGGAACUUCAAAUGCUAAUCCAAAGAAGUUCUCUAGAGGGUUUCCCAGAAAGAAGGAAGGGGAAACAAAUGUUGUGACCGUUGGCCAAGGAAGAGCUCCUCCAAGAAGGAGACCACAACAAUAUUCACCUCAGCAAUAUGUCCAACAACCCUUUCCAUAUCAGCAGCCCCUAUAUCCCGUACAGUACACCCCGCAGCCGUACAUAGCUGCUGUGACGCCCGCAUUCAAUCAACAACCUGCUCAGGCUUAUCAAGCGCCUCCAGCCUAUCGACCGACUCCAGUUCAACAACGUGUUGCGGCUCCUCUAGCUUACCAACAAGCACCAGCAGCUCCUGUCUAUCAACAGCCGAGAGCUCAAGCUCUGAGGCAAAAUGCUCAAAACCAGAAUAGGAAGCAAGGGGAUAGGGCGACCUUCAAUCCAAUCCCAAUGACGUACACUGAGCUUUAUCCCUCCCUGUUGCAAAAGGGUUUGGUGGUUCCCAUACCUAUGGGACCUCCACCUGAUUGUCUUCCUCCAUGGUACAACCCUAAUGCACACUGUCCUUUUCAUGAAGGUGCCCUCGGUAAUGACCUAGAGGGUUGUUACGCUCUGAAGCAUAGGGUUCGUGAACUGAUUGAAAGUAAGAUCCUGUCUUUUAAGGAUAUGGGACCGAAUGUGAAGAACAAUCCUCUUCCUCCCCAUGGAGAUCCUACAGUAAAUGCCAUUGAAGAUGCCUCUGUUGGUGUUAUGGUUGAGAAGGUGGAAGAUGUCAAGACUCCUUUGGCAGUGUUCCAUGCCCGACUGGUGGAAGUUGGCCUGAUUAAUGUUCGCCAUGACAACUGUGAAGAGUGUGCCACACACCCAAGAGGGUGUCAGAUGGUACGAGAUAAUAUCCAAAACUUGAUGAAUAAAGGAGUGCUUCAGAUAUCUAGUGUUGCAAAGAACAAAGACGUGUUGGUAAUUGAACCUUGUUUCAAUUUACCUGAACCAGUUGAAAUCCCAUAUUACAAUGGUGGAGUGGUUUCGGAGAAUAGUAAAUUGUCGCCUAUUGAGAUAUGUAUGCCCACGCCUUUUCCAUACGAGAGCACCAAGGUUGUGCCUUGGAAAUAUGAGAUUACCGCUGGACAAGGGAUGAGCAGAAUGACCCGUAGUGGUCGAAUCUAUACGCCUGAAUUCAAUGUGACUCCUCAAGGGCAAAACAAGGAAUCAACAGUUGCAACUCCCACUAAAGAACCCAAAGCGGUCCAAUCCGAAGGUGCUGUUGAAUUCUUGAAGUUGAUCGAGAGAAAUGACUACAAGGUUGUGGACCAGUUGCAUCAAACACCAUCUAAGAUCUCUAUUAUGUCUCUGUUAUUGAACUCCCAAGCCCAUAGGGAGGCUUUUUUUAAGGUGCUUGCCCAAGCUCAUGUAACGCAAAGCAUAACAGUAGACCAAUUUGAUGGAGUAGUUGCAAAUAUCACAGCUUGCAAUACUUUAAGCUUUAGUGGAGAGGAAUUACCUGAGGAUGGACAAAAUCACAAUCGUGCUCUCCAUAUCUCAAUAAAAUGCAAAGAUGAUGCUUUGGUAAGAGACUUGAUUGAUAUCGGAUCUUCUCUAAAUGUUAUGCCAAAGAGAACACUCGCCAAGUUAUCUUAUCAAGGACCAGCUAUGAAACCUAGUGCCUUGGUAGUGAAAACUUUUGAUGGUUCCAGGAGAACCGUGAUUGGAGAGUUUGUUGUGGACAAUCAACUGAUUAUUAUCUCCGGGGAGGAGGACUUUGUGGUUAGUCAUCUUUCAUCCUUCAGAUAUAUCGAGGCUGAUGAGGACGCUUUGGAAACUCCUUUCCAAGCUCUUGAAAUAGCCAAUGCCACUUUUGUGGAGAUGAAGGACCCAGUUGGGAAAGCUUGUUCAUAUUUCGCUUCUCUGAAAAGCGCAAAGUCUAGCAUUGAAGGAGGAAACCCUGAAGGUUGGGGUCAGCUUAUUGAUAUUCGUGAGAAGCAUGAUCGCUUUGGUCUGGGAUAUGUGCCUUCCGCUGCGAAAGGAGCCUGA